CCCACCUCCACCCACGGUAGACGUCCCCGCACCUCUUAGCUUUACUCAGAAGUACCAACAGCUCUCCUCAUUGAUCAUGUCGGCUGAAGAGCAAGUGGUAGCCCCCUCGGUGAGCGAGAACCCGGAAGUGCUCGCUGACCAACCAACGAGCAUGGUGACUGACGAAGACCCCGCCAACGGUGCAACGGCUGAAGCUGAGGCGGAAACGAACGGCACGGCCGAGACCAACGGCACGGCCGAUGUAACGGCGGCUGCGGACGGUGCGCCUGCUGUGGAAGGUGAAAAGGCCAAGGAGUUGUCGCACGAAGAACAACAGAAGGCUGAUGUGGAGGGGAAGAUCUUCCUGGGCGGCCUGACUUGGCAGACGACUGAAGACAUGCUCAAGACGCACUUCGGGAAGUGGGGCGCUCUGAAUGACGUCAUCCUGAUGCGCAACAAAAUCACCGGAGAACCUCGCGGCUUCGGCUUCGUGCAGUUCCAAGAGUCCACAUCUGCGGAUGCCGCCCUCAAGGAAGAACACGUGAUAGAUGGCAGGACCAUAGACGUCAAGAGGGCUGUCCCUAGGGACAGGGCACCGCUGCCUAGGGCCGCGGCCGACCGCAACAGUGCUAACGCCAGAGGAGGGUCUCAGGUGGGCGGCCGCCACGGCGGCAUGAAUGACGCCCCUCUGACUAACAAGAUCUUCGUGGGUGGUCUUGAUCAGGAGGUGAACGACGCCGACUUCCGGGGUUACUUCGCCAAGUUCGGCAAAGUAGAAGACGCGGUUGUGAUGUACGACAAGAAGACGGGCAGGUCGAGGGGAUUUGGAUUCAUCACCUACGACAGCCCUGACAUCGUGCGCAAGGUUAUGAGCGGUGGUACGCACGAGCUGAAGGGCAAGUCGGUGGAAGUCAAGACAGCAGCCCCCCGCGACGGACCCCGUCAAUUCAACGGUGGCGGUGGCUUCAACGGUGGCGGCUACGGAGGCGGUGGAGGCUAUGGUGGGGGGUACGGCGGCGGUGGUGGUGGAGGCUACGGUGGACAACAGGGCUGGUCCCAACAGGGCGGUGGUGGCUACGGGGGUGGCUACGGAGGACAGCAGGGCUACGGCGGCGGCUACAACCAGCAGCAGCAGCAGGGUGGCUACGGCGGCGGCUACGGCGGCGGUUACGGCCAGCAAGACCAAAGCUAUGCGUCCGGCGGCUACAACCAGCAGCAGGGUUACGGCCAAGGCGCUGCCACAACCCCUCGGCAGUCCUCCCAGACGGCGUCUACCGGCUACAACCAGGGGACAACCGCUCAGCAGGGGUACGGUGCUCAGACGGGAUACAGCCAGCAAGGCUACGGCCAGCAGCAGGGCUACGGUACUACCGGCGGCCAGGCAGCAACGGGGUACGGAACGUCUUAUGCCGGAACCGACGCGUCUGGCAGCGGUGGCUACGGCAACACGGGUGCCGCCACUGGAUACGGAACCGCGGGCGUAGACCAGGGUGGUUACGGCGCGUACAGGGGAGGAGCCACCACCCAAGGUCGCCAGGAGAGGAGCUACAGGCCGUACUAGAUAUAUCAUGGGUUUCGGGUGGCGGUUAAGUAUGAUUGUUUGGAAGGUUAUGAGUGCGCUGAGCGUGGUAUCAAAUUCAACUACCAUCGCGAACUACCGUAUCUGCGAUGCUUCUUCGAGGAAUGGUGAGCUAACUACGGAUAGUGUCACCGUCAAGACAGAUGCGGAUCACGCGCUGGGCUAAACCGGUCAAACAUGAUGAGUGGUGGGGACCUGUGUGAUUUGUUUUCAUCGGUAAAAAGUCAGCGACUACGACACACCCCGUCCAUGUCCGUCUGCGUUUCGUUGUGUGCCAACAUCGGGCAAUUUUCAAGCCUAUCAUAGGUUGUCGCUUGUAAUCUGUAUUUGAUGACCAGUUGGGUAUUGUGUUUAUGCUCAAAAGCCUGUCUCACUGUUUUCAUUUGUUUGCUGGUGGUCUGGAGAGAACUUGAAGCGAAGUUUCGUGUUUCUACGGCUUUCGAACAAAAUUGUACGAUAGUGAAAAUGUAUAGAGCUAGCAAAUCGGGUCACCGCUGCGACGCGUGUGAUCACACUUGUAGUACGUGUUGCGAGCUACAUGAAUCUAUCAUGUCGUGGAAGCGCCGGCACACAGUUCGCGACCAGUGCGUAAUAUGCCCUCGUGACGGUAGUCGCCACAAAAUUGUUUUCAUUGUCGCCCUCUCGCUGAGGCGACGGCGGCAAUGUCGUCGAUUGGGCACAUUUCUUCCAGAAAAUGAAUCAGCAGCAAGGACUCUGGCAUGAUGUUCCUGCGUGGCACCGCAGUUAUACUCUGUCCCAGCCUGAGAUUUAGCCACGCAGGCAAUUGACUACCACCGCCUAGUUAAUAUUUUCAGUAGUGGUUAAGAAAAUGAAAAGAGUGAGUGGGCUGGAACAAACGACUUGGUGUUAGGAUGUAGACCGGGCUCUGCGGACCGCUUGCUGAUGACGUGUUUCACAAGGACUGCUCGUUUGAGGGAUACCAGGCUUUACGCAUGCCGAAUCUCUAACA